AUGGGCCGAAGCGCAGAGGCCGAGGCUGAAGGAUGCCAUUGGGAGAUACAGGGGCGGGAAAGGCGUGUUGGUGAGAGGCCGGCAUGGAGCCGGCACCUGCAGAAGAAAGGCCGAGAGGAGAGCCGGGAGGAAGCCCGGGGCGAGUCCCGCGUCCAGUGUGGGUUCAGUCCGCGGGGGAAAGGCAUCUGUUGUGUGACCGUGUGUGGCAGCGGGUAUAGGCAGCGUCCUCUGCAGACCUCACAGCUGGUCAAUAACCAGGGCAUCACCUGUUUAGUUUCCCUUCCUAGUGACUGGAAUGCUCCAUAUCCAUCCCAGGACCCCUUCUUUGCUUUGGAGAAGCCUCUCGGACGUUGCUGGGUGAGAUGGGCGGAAACCAAGGGAAGUCGUGUAACCUGGGUCUCCCAGGCGGCUGCCGAGCUUCAGCAGUACUGCAUGCAGAAUGCCUGCAAGGAUGCCCUGCUGGUCGGAGUUCCAGCGGGCAGCAACCCCUUCCGGGAGCCCAGGUCCUGUGCUUUACUCUGAAGACUGGAAAGAAGUUCGCAAAGGAAGCCUUCAGGCACAAAGUGAUGAAUGACUGCCUCCAAGUCUCACGAAAACAUUUUUCUCUAACCAAACGACUUACAUAUUCAGACCUUCCCUGCGGCCUGGUCCUACAGCCAAAAUUCUACAGAAAUUGAUGAGUUUCAACUCAAAUUAGGAAACUGGGUGAAGGAGGAGACUUUUAAAUAAUAAUAAUGGCCUGGUUUGUUUGGUGAAGUGCUUUAUACUUAAGACAAAAACCCUACCACCAAAUAUACAAAAAUGCACCUCUUUUGUAAGUGAAUUAUUGGUGUUUCUAGACCUGAAAUAUUAUGUAUGUUUUAUUUACUGAUGUUUACAUUUUGGGAAGGAAAACAUUUUUAUUAAAAAAUUGAAUACUUGUAAUUUGUUGUUCCUAAGAUUUUUACACCAAAACAAAAUGUGUCCUUUUCUCAUGAAUUUAUAAUUUCAAAAUGAAGGCAAGACAGUGUAAAAGUGGGGGAAAGAACAGACUUUAUUAAUCAAGUGAUGUCUUGAUUUUUGUAAGUGAGAAGAUUGUUUUAUUUUAACACUAAAUAUGGAAGCUGUUUCUUAGCAAACUUGUUUGGAAAGAUUAAUGUGUUGUGUAUUAGAUCUCCCCGUUUUGUGUAUGCCACAGAUCUGAUCUUUGUCUUCUUAAGUUCCUCUACUUCAUAGUUGUGGUUAUACUUUAAAAAAAACACUACAUUAUCUCAUAGCUUUGAAAUGUUUAAAAUGUGACUUACAGAACACUGCAAAUGAUUAAAAGCAAAGCAAUGUGAAAAUCUUACAAGCUAAAUGGAUUCUUAAUGUCAUAAGUGUUUUACUUUGAUGAUGUGCCUUUGAUUUGAGACACUAAAAUGGAUACUUUAUUUGUGUUUGUAAUAAUUUUUGAAGAGCUUGGAAAUAAAGUUUCUGCUUAACUCAUUAUUUUCUAUGACAG